AUGGAGCGCAAGAAGAACUUCACAACAGCCUUCAGAUCUCGCAAGUCUCUGAAGGAGCUGAUUACGACCACAGAAGGCGACAUGUCAUCCUCACGCUGGAUCAACAAUGACUUGCGUCCCACUCCUCCUGAAUCCAGAACUUGGACAUGGUACCAUCUUCCUCUCUUCUGGUCCGGUCUAGCUUUCGGAACCACGGGCUGGAACAUCGCUUCUUCGUUGAUUGCAGUUGGUUUGCAAUGGCAAUACGCGCUGGCAUCGUGUUUCAUAGGUAGCGCAAUUGCUGGUGUCGUCGUUACCUUUUUAGCCCGUAUGGGUGCUCGCCCCGUGUUCCUCCGCUCGGUCAUGGGCAUGUAUGGCUCGUGGCUUUUUGUUUUCCUCCGUUUGAUGACAGGCCUUUUCUGGUUCGGUAUCCAAACAUAUUCUGGUGCAAAUCUCAUUUCUGUGUGCCUGUUGUGCAUGUUCGGUCACAAAUGGAGAGACUUGAGCAAUACGCUACCAUUAUCCGCAGAUAUAACGACCAAACAGCUGAUUUGCUUCUUCAUUGCUUGGCUCGCUCAAGUGCCAUUUUUCUUUGUUCAUCCGUCCAAGAUUCAAUGGUUCUUCACUGUCAAAGGCCUCGUCAUGCCAAUCGCCACCUUUGGACUUUUCGGAUGGUGCAUGGCGGAAGGGCGAGGAAUCUCGACGAUCGGUAACCCGCUCACAAAAUCUGCUAACGGAGUUCCGCUUGGAUGGGCUGUCGUGGCAGGUAUUAAUGCCGUAAUGGGAUCCCUCGCUUCCCUCAUGGUUACACAGCCUGAUCUGUCUCGAUAUUGUCGAAAGGUUUCAGAUGCUGGUUGGCUCCAAGGUUUGGCCGUCUUCGUCUCAAAGUGCCUAGUGUUCUUCCUCGGACUUGCUGCCACGGCUUCCAUACAAGGUGCUUGGGGUAAAGCCUACUGGAACAUCUGGGAUUUGCUGGGGGCGAUUCUUGAACAUUACUGGACCGCUGGAGCCAGAACCGCGGUGUUCUUAGUCUCCUUCUCCUUUUACUUGUCUGCGAUUGGAUCAAACAUUGGAACCAACACCAUCGCUUUCGGCGCUGACCUGACUGGAAUCAUUCCAAAAUACAUGACCAUCGUCAGAGGGCAAGUUAUCUGCUGUGUUCUCGGUGUUGCUCUCGUCCCAUGGAAAAUUUUGGCAUCUGCUGAAGCUUUUGUCACAUUCCUUGGAUCUAUGCCAAUAUUCUUCGGCCCAUUGUCUGCGCUCAUGAUCGUCGACUACUACUGGGUACGAAAGGGCAACCUGCAUGUUCCUUCCCUCUAUCGUGGAGAGAGAGGCGACCUUUAUUUCUUUACACAAGGUUUUAACUUGCGCGCAUAUGGAGCAUGGCUUGUUGGCUUCUUGUUCGGUCUACCAGGGAUGAUCGGCCGCUUCCAUCCGACAGCAGUCAAUGAUGCCGCGAAGAAUAUGUACCGAAUGGGUUGGCUUCUGACUUUCACUGUGACAGGUGUGGUCUACGCAACACUCAUCUACCUUUUCCCCGUGCGAGUCUAUCCCGAAACUCACCACACUGUGCCAACCACUUUCGAAUACCUGGGAAAGAGGGAUGGAUUCUUCGAGGAUGACACACCUGAAGCUCUUGUUGGCAUCGAGGGAUUAGAUGCUACGGUCGACAAACAUACUAUGGUCUCCGAGAAAGCAGUUUAG